GACCCGACGAACUUCCACACUCGCCACAGGAAAAGUCGGGAAAACACAUCUGUCCCCGCAUGACGCUGUUUGUGUCGGCCUGCGUGUGUCGUUAAAGCCGUAGCGGUGACCGUUAGCGGGCCGGCAGUUUCCCGGAGCGCCGGUGAAGUUGUGGCCGCUGUUGACGGCGGUGUGGUAGCGUCGGGACGCUUUGCCGCUAUGGAGAACAUUCACUGAUCGGAUUUGGAAUUGUUUUUCUUGGAUUUAUCCCCGGUAAACCGAGUUGUUCCCGCAUAUAUCCUAUUGGCACUGUGGAGUAGGAAUAUUUGGAUGAAAAAAAAAUGCCUGGGAAAACCAAGUACAACCUCGUAGAUGAUGGGCACGAUCUGAGGAUCCCAUUGCACAACGAGGAAGCAUUCCAGCAUGGGAUCAACUUCGAGGCAAAGUACAUUGGCAGUCUGGAUGUGGCGCGGCCGAGCAGCCGAGUGGAGAUAGUGGCGGCGAUGAGAAGAAUACGGUAUGAGUUCAAGGUGAAAAACAUCAAGAAGAAAAAAGUCAACAUCGUGGUGUCUGUAGAUGGCGUGAAAGUCACCUUGAGGAAAAAGAAGAAAAAGAAGGAGUGGACAUGGGACGAGAGCAAAAUGAUGGUGAUGCAGGAUCCCAUUUACAGGAUCUUCUACGUGUCUCAUGACUCCCAAGAUUUGAAGAUCUUCAGCUACAUUGCCAGAGAUGGACAGAGCAAUGUGUUCCGCUGUAAUGUGUUCAAGUCCAAGAAGAAGAGCCAGGCCAUGCGUAUCGUUCGGACAGUCGGGCAGGCGUUUGAAGUUUGUCACAAACUGAGUCUGCAGCACACGCAGCAGAACACAGAUGGACAGGACGACCACCACAGCGACAAGAACAGCAAUGACUCCUCCGUCACAGUUCGGGAGCUAACAGGUGCAGAGAAGACGGCGACCGUCGCUGAAGAGACCGACAUUGAUGCCGAGGAGGUGAACCAGGCGCUAGCAGCAGAGGAUCUGAACCUCAACAGAGGAGUGACUGACCUGGACGCCACAGCCAAGACAACAGAUGUGAACCUCUCAGAAAACAAGCAGCCUUCAGAGGAGGCUUCCCUGCUGGUGUCCAGCCCCAAGAUGCUGCUCCCAGCAUCAGGCAUACUGCCACCCAGCACCCCGUUGUCUGUGCACCACCAGAUCCAACUGCUCCAGCAACAGCUCCAGCAGCAACAACAGCAGACACAAGUGGCUGUGGCACAGGUCCAUCUCUUGAAGGACCAGCUGAGUGCGGAGGCCACGGCUCGGCUGGAGGCCCAGGCUCGCGUCCACCAGCUGCUCCUCCAGAACAAAGACCUGCUGCAGCACAUCUCUCUGCUGGUUAAACAGAUCCAGGAACUGGAGACCAAAAUGUCUGGACCAAAUUCCAUGGGUUCCCAGGACAGUUUGUUGGAGAUCACCUUCCGGUCUACAGUACCUCCGGUGAUAUGUGACCCCACCACACCUAAGCCUGAGCUGUCAGCCCUCAACCUGCACACAUUUGGCAACAGCGACGGGACCAGCAAUGCCUUCUCAUCAUCCAACGGGACUCUGGGAAGCCCACUAGUUGAUCAAAGUAUGUUUGAGAACUCCAUUGCGCAGCAGCAGAGUCCCCAGACCUCGAGGCCGGGGCCGUCCUCGACCCGGCGCGCCGCGGCGACGACUAAUUCCAACCCGGGGUCCAGCUGCGUGGACUCGCCCUCCUCUGGAGGACAGCAGAGGCUGAAAAAUGCCAUUAACCUGGGCAAGGCAGUCGGGGCAAAGGUCAAUGACUUGCUAAGAAGAAAAGAGCCCAGCAACCUCGGAGACAUUGGGGUCACGGAGGUCAACAAGAAUGUUGGUGCAGUUUGGAGCUGCAUGGAGCAACUCAGUCAGACUGCUGCCAGCAGCCACAUCACCUCCUUUGACUCCUUCCCUCGGCUGGACCCUCCACCCCCAUCGGGGAAGAAGCGCCUCCCUCGAGCACUGAAGACGACCCAGGACAUGAUGAUCUCCUCUGACCCCGUGGUCUCCUCCCCCGACCCUGUGGAUUCUUCCUCCUUCCCUUCCUCCCCUGUGAAGACAUCCCCCAUCACUCAGGAGGAGAUAAGGAAUGAGGAGGAGCAGCAACAGGGAAAGGAGGAGGAAAAGAGGUCAUCGGGCCCAGCAGAGAGGAAACCCGGAGCUGAUUCUGAGACAGCUGAGAUCAAUGACAACGUGGAUACAGUGAUAGGUGGAGAAGAGGAUGGCGUAGAAGUGGGAAGCUCUGAUGAAGGCAUGGAUGAACACGGGCUCCAGCUCCAGCUCUCUGUACCAGACCUCAUCAAUAAAGAUCCCCCUCUGGAGUCCAAAGCCAAACAAUACGACGUCUGGCAGAAGGCGCCGGCGCCGGACUCGCGGCUGGCUUCCACUCCCUGCUCGGGCAAAACUCCCUGCCGCAUCAGCCUGGGCGAGGAUGUCCUGCUGGGGAAUGGCGCCCCCUGUAGCAAAGCCACUGGAGGGAGCACUGAAGACAUGGAGCACCAUCCAGACCUGCUGUCGUUUGACUAACACACAGAGCUGCAGCCAAAUAACCAGUUCAGUAGAUUUCAAAAAGCAUUUGAAGUUUUUCUCUUAGUGUCCAUCCCAGAAUUGUGUGUGGAGGUAAUUCAAACAGACUGCAGCGAGUACUGCAAAUCAAAAAUUCACUGCCACUUUUCAAUUUUUCAACUCGAUCUUUUCUGGGCUUUACUUUAGGAAAAGGGAACACAUACUUCCAGAACCGAGGGCUCUUUAUCUUUUUUUAAUCUGAUUUCCGGAUGUGGGAUUAGCUGAAAGGUCACGGUAAUUACGCCUUGCUUUCUAACACGGCUGAUCUGAGGUCAGCUGGGCGCUUCAAGAAUCUUCUUAAUGAAUGAAAACAAAAACUGACCAGCAUGAGACAAUGAAUGAGCAGCAACAGAGGAAAUAAGCGGGACUCUUUUUUUGUGCAGUUUUUUAAUGCUUCUGAUUUAUUCACUGUGUAUUUCUUAUGUAUAUCAGGUGUCUAACAUAUCAUGUCUUCCUCAGUAAAGAUGAUGUAACAAUGAAUGUUUUAAGUGAGAUGAAAUAUCCUUUAAAUGGGCUAAAAUGUUACAGGCAGUUAUUGGCAAGUGUAACCACAAACAUUAAAUUUUAUAUUAUUUUAUCAGUAUUAAGAUAUAACACUAUUGUAUUUAGCACCACGAUAUUUUCGCUCUAUUUAAAGGGACAUUUCAUUGCAUUUUUGGUAUAAAUCCUACAAACGCUGCUGCAGCUCAAAGUUAUCCAGCAAUAUAAUGUACAUUUAGACUCAUUUAACAUAAAACUCAAGUGUUAGGAGUUAGGCGCAGGCUCGGGAAAAGAAGACGGAAGUGAGGGGUGGAGAGGCGGAAAGGAUGUGAAUGUGUAAGAUGGAAAAGGUUAGCGAGGAAUUUGCUUUCAGUUCAGUCGAUAUGAAAUGUCACGCAGCACUUUCUACUGCAGGAGGGCGAAGCCUUUUGACCCUCAGCUUCACCCUAAAGAAAUGAUCCCUCUUCCUUCUUGAGCCAACCUGGAAGAGAACUUUCUCCAAAAUGGAUUUUUGGAACACACUUAAACUUUUGUUUCAGUUAUAUUUAUAUAGCGCCAAAUCACAACAACAGUCACCUCAAUGCGCUUUUCCUUGUAAGGUGAAGACCCUACAAUUAUAGAGAGAAAUCCCAACAAUCAGACGACAUCUGAUGAGAAAGCACUUGAGUGAGAAGGAAAAACUCCCUUUUAACUGGAAGUAACCUCCGGCAGGACCAAUGUCGGGGAGGAGCAGGGGGGGUGUCCAAACCUACAUGGCCCUGUGUAAAAAAGCGUUCGCCCCCUAAACCUAAUAACUGGUUGGGCCACCCUUAGCAACAACAAUUGCAACAACUGCAAUUAAGCGUUUGCAAUAACUGGCAAUGAGUCUUUUAAGGCUCUGUGGAGGAAUUUUGAACCACUCAUCUUUGCAGAAUUGUUGUAACUCAGCAACUGUUUGUACCAUAAAAAUUUGAUUGCCUGGAAGGCGAAGGAGCUGUGUGUUUGGAUCCAGGCUCAUAACUGAAACAGCAACAUGAUAAAGAUUUCCAAAAUCAUCUUCCCGCUGUGGCUGAACUGAAAGCGAAUUCCAGUGACCUCCACAAAAUCCUGAUGGAGAGUCGAAAGAGAGACGGGUGGAGGGACAGGCAGCUUUUGGAGGGAGGGCUGCUGGAAAGUUGUUUCUGAGCUGAGGAGGAGCGGGAUAAUUAGCUGUCAGCAGAAAGAGAUGAAAGAGGUAUGUUUUUAUUCGAGCAGAUCAUUAAUUGACAGACCAAAGACAGAAGAAUUUGGCUCAGUCAGACAUGCUGUUUUUUGUCACGUUAUUUUAGUGAGAAAGCAGGAGCAAAACAAUUUUUUUAUCACUGUAAGAGUAGCACAACCAAGUUGCCAUGGUUAUUGUAGCACAAGCAAAGCUGUAUUUUUCUAACACUACUGUGUGAGCAUCUGUUCUGCAGAUCUGUGCGAGUGGAUCAAAGUGGACUUUUGAACUGUGGAAAGUGAACACAAAGAUCCCAAUGCCCAGACGCUGAAAAGAACCCAUUUUCUGCGAGUGGCCUCAGUGAGUGACCUGCUGUCCUUGUAGGGAUACACUGACUUUAGAAAAUUUCAAAGAGCUCCCAGAGGACAGCGCGACAGAGGCACAGCCAGCGUUGGUCAUCGUCAGGUCAUGCCCGGCAGAAUGAGAGGAAUGUUGGAGAUGAAGAGAAACAGAUAAAGGAAGCUUUGUCUCGGUCUGUCUCUCUCUGACUUGGUCUUACUGCCAUCUACCACCACAAUAAAGCAGCUGAUGUCUCCCAUUAAAGAGUUAUUUCACCCAAGUCACAAAACAUAAUUGUCCCAUUAGCUUUAACAAGCAACCUGCAGGGUACUGUGGAGAUUUUCUGCUGUUUUCAGCACCCAGAGCAUUGCUCAUGAAGUGAGAGUGGCAGAUGUGACAGGUGGAAAUGAAAAGUAGCUUUUUU